AUGACGGAGCCUUAUGGAGCAGCCCUGAACAAAGACUGGAACGCAUUGAAGAACUUCUACGAGUUGCACAAGGAAUUCGUGACUGCUUCUCUGACGGUCACCGGAGACACUGCCCUUCACAUUGCAGUCCACAGCGGAAACACGCAAUUGGUAAGGUCUCUGCUCAACCAAAUAUUGGGCGACGACAAAGGCAAUGAGUCCCCGCUGUUUCAUUCUUUUAUCGAAGAAUUGGCGCCCCUUCGGAGAAAGAACGAGUACGGGGACACGGCUCUCCACGAGGCAGCCUCCCGCGGACAUCUCGAAAUCGUCAAGUUAUUGCUGGACCGCGAUGAAGAGCUUCUCAAAGUUAAGAACAACAGAGGAGAGACUCCUCUGUUCCGGGCAGCUGCGUUUGGCCAGACAAAAGUGGUCAGAUUUUUAGCUUCGAGAGUCGACGACAUGCGAACUCACCGCAGACGAGAUGAUAGCACCAGCAUUCUUCACAUAGCCGUCCUCGGAAGAUACUUUGAAACUGCAGUGGAAUUACUCCGACACGACAUAUCGCCGGAUUCGAUAGAUGAAAACGGCAUGACAUGUUUUCAGCUGCUAGCUAACAUGCCGUCUGCUUUCAGGAGUGGUUACUCCAUGGGAAAAUUGGCCAGUCUACUCUAUUAUUGCCUUCCUGAAAAAGAUUACGACGAAGAUGAUGAUAUAGUGCCGCAGCAUGCCUCAAGCGGAAAGAAAGAUCUGGAGAGUGGACAGGGAUCUAGCCAAGGAAACAUUCCUACAG